CCGGCCCGUCAUCAGACCAAAGCAGUCGACUCAGCUCAGCACCUCUCAACCCAACCUGAACACCAAAAUACAGAGAAAGAGACAGAUAUUGAAGUCAGAAACAAUACUGAGACUCCUCGGGAUGAUCAAACAACAUCCAGCUGUUGAUUUACACGUAAAAUGAGACGUAGCUCUGCGUUCGGCCUGGUUUUCAUCCAAGCUUCUGCCUUUGGGCCUUAUAUUUACCCUCUCAUACGGUUUUAAUCGAAGCGUGCUUGAAGAUGACCUCAAGGAGGAAGUUUGGGGUGCAGUCUGAGGUUUCUGAAGAGAAAGAGGAAUAUGUGACACCAAACAACUACGAGCUGGAGAAACACCUCACGCACGGCAGCGUCGCCUACACACACGUCAAUGAGGUCUGGCCAAACGUCUACAUUGGAAAUGAAGAGACAGCAAUGGACCGAUACAAGCUGAAGACAAUGGGCAUCACGCACAUCCUGAACGCUGCGGAGGGCGAGUGGAACAAUGUGGAUACCGGCGCUGAAUACUACAAAGACAUGGACGUGAAUUACUACGGGAUCACAGCGGAAGACGUUCCCACGUUCAACCUCAGCCAGUACUUCUAUUCUGCAGCCGAAUACAUCCACCAGACCCUCAGAAACCCAGAGAAUAAGCUUCUAGUUCACUGCGUGAUGGGCCGCAGUCGCUCCGCCACAAUCUUCCUGGCCUACUUGAUGAUCUACGAGAAUAUGACGGUUGUAGACGCCAUCGAUCACGUCAAACGCCGGCGACGCAUCAUCCCGAACUGGGGCUUCCUUAAACAGCUGAGAGAACUGGAUGAACAUCUGCUGGAGCAGAGAAGAGCUCAAAACACACGAGUGGACGAGAAUACAGAUACCUAAACAUGCAACCAAAAAACAUAUUUCAGGUAUUUAAAUAUUAGAUGAGAACUAUUUCAAAUUGCAUUUUCUGAUGUAGACAAUGGCACUGGUUAAGUGGCCAGUAAACAGUGUUAAAGUUAAGUAUGUUUUGGUUUAGUUUGGUUUCAUGGCAAUGAAAUGUAUAAGAGGGAGUGCUUACAGAAAGCUUUUUCCAGGUAUUAGAGCUUCUUUCUAUCAAAGUAUGAGAAUAUAUACACACACAGACACCAGGGAUACUACAGUUAACUAAAACCACAAAUUAAAUUGUUACUUGAAAUAAAAACAUUACUUCAAAAAAAAAAAAAAAAAAAAAAAACUUAAAAAUGAUGUUUGUACUAAAAAAGCACUGACAAUUUAAAACAGAGAUGUACAACAUUGGAACAAUUAAAAUCUUUUUAUUAAACUUGUCAGUUGAACG